AUGUCGUCGCCUUCCUCUGAUGCGUCGCCCGACUCGGCGGUUCAAUAUGCUUACAUGUUUGAGAAGGACAAGGGCCCUACAAAGCAGCUCGAUGCCCUUUUGAGGGCUAUUGCCCGCCACGUUAUGCUAGAGAUUGGUGAGAAGGCGGACAACCAUCUCACACCAAGUAAGCUGGCUGCCUUUUACAAGGCUGUUGGCGGCGACUAUGACUCUCUCUUUGUGGACACGCCGCACUCGACGAUUUCCUACGUCUGGCAAAUCACUGGCUGCCAGCAUAGCCUCCAACCCACACGCAAUGAUUUUGACCCCCCAUCAAUACCGGCCCUCACCUAUCGCGGCUUCUCUCGAUGGGAGUCGUUAGAGAUCUUGCUCGGACCCGAGGAGCAUGUUCCAUUUCUGCAAUAUGCCGUGAAGGAGUGGAACUUGAAACACCCGGAAACCGGCGCAGACUUCCCCGUCGACCUACCUUGGACUUGUUUCCCGGAGAAACCCGACCAAGACAUUGAUCGCUGGCACAAAAGUUGCGCAGACAAAUUAUGGACGGCAGCAUCCAAUGAUGAUGGGGCGACUCCAAGGCCGCCGCCUGCAAAUGAACAGCCUCCUCCUCCAAAGUUCACCUACGCCCAUUUCCAGGAGCCUUUCUCAUUCACCUCCUCGCCGCGACCGAGGCCAAAUGACGGAGAAUAUUUUGGACGGCCCUUUGCAUAUACUCACGUACCACGUCGAUACGCCAGUCAACGCAAGGCAGAGAGGUCUCCAGACAGACCACGCCGCGGUGAUACGUCGCCAGAUGACAGGGGGAGGAGGAGGAGCUUUUCCGACUAUGCCUCUGGCCGACCUGACCAAGACCCCUCUUUGCCAAGGGGGUAUUCACCAUCGUAUCUGAAUCCCAACAUGAAGAGGUCAGGCCCAGGGAGGAGGCAUAGCCAUCCAAGACACGAGAUGACUGAUUCAUCAGACGAGGAGCCGGUUGGGGAUCCUAGAGAGAAGCGACGCCGUCACCCAUACUCCCCACCCCCUCCGUCGGUCCGUAGAUUUGUACGCACGGGGGCUGCUUCACAAUCGCAGGGAUCCUCUAAUGGGUCCAGCCAUCUUCGUGGGCUACGAUCGGACGGUCGACCAGAGGAAGCAAAGAGACGCACCGGACCAAGCCCGUUGGGCUCCCUUCGCGACAAGUUUACGGAGACAGUCAGCAGUAUUCUCCCAAAUGGCCUCACCUCCGACCGGCCGCGGCCCGGCCCAAGACAGAAUUCCGGGACGGAGCCUAUUCGCACACGGAGGAGUCGGGAGCAGGUUCGCCCUUCACGUUUAAAUCGAAGCUAUUCCGACAUGGAUACAGAUGAGUCUGGAGAUCCUUCCGUGACAGAAAGCGACGGCCGGAGGAGGCGUAGAACACGUGAGGAGCGCGAGAGAGAACAAGAACGGGAAAGGGAGCGUUACCAAAGGGGACGGGUUCGCGACCAUGACCGUGACUGGGAAGAAGACAGGGACAUGGGUUUGAGGAGAGAGAAGAGCUAUUUACGGCGACCAGAAACACAGCGAAGAACAAGCAGCCAUGCCGAUAUUGAUAGAAAUCGAGACCCACCAGAAUGGGACCUUCGCGACAGGGACCGAGAUAGAGACAGAGAUCGCUUGAGAGAUGAGAGGAGGAAAUGGGAGAGACGGAAUUCUCCGGAGGAGGAUUUAACAAGCCCGGCAGCAGCAAUGGCCGCCAGGCGUAUGCAUCCUGAAGCCGCAUAUAGCUGA